GGUAAAACGAAUAAAUCUUAAUAUGAUAUACUAUAUGUAAUACAUGUACCGAUAAAUUACUACACACUUACAAACUGCAGUUGUCAAAUAUUAUGUGAAGGUCAUUAAAGAGUUCACAACCAAGAACAAAGCUACGUUACUUAUUUUGGAAUGAAUCUGAUUGAGAAGAACGAUGCAAUGUGGUGGAUUAAAGUAGUGGGUGGUUCCGUAAUAGCAACAAUUGGAACCUAUCUUGUUUGGAGGAAAAGUGGGAAAAGGAAAAGUAGAGAAGAAUAUCCUAAAGAUACAGUUAUUCUCCAUCAGUAUGGAAGAGCUCCAUAUGCACCAAGUAUGUCACCAUUUGCCAUUAAACUAGAAACGUACCUGCGAAUGGCGAAAAUUCCUUAUAUGGUAUGUUUGAUAGAUGUACAAUACAUCAUCAAAGAUAUUUAUAAUUCGAUACGCACAUACGCUCGAAUUAAAUACGAAAAUGAAUUAUUAGGUGAAAAGAAAUUUCUAUUGGGAGAAAGGCCGUGUGAGGAAGAUUGUGCUAUAUUUGGACAGCUUGCAGAAUGGUAUUGGCUAUCCUUUGGACACAGAAGUGAACCUGUUAUUAAAAAUUAUAAAAAUCUAUGUGAUUAUUGUGAGAGAAUGAAGGAGACAUUCUGGCCGGAUUGGGAUGAAUGUAAUUCAAAUGGCACAAAGAAAGAGGCUACAAAGUAGAGAUAACUUUAAUCACAAAAAGUCCAGAAGUUUAACAAGCAGCAUGGAACAUACGCAUGUUGGCGUAGAUUAGAAAAAGAAAAUUAUCUCAAAGAAUGUGAAUAAACAUAUAUAGAACAUAUAAUUGUACAUUGUACUGAAAAGUCAAUUAGAAUUAACUUAAAAAUCUACUUGGAACAAACUAUAAUAGAAUAUUGAUCAGUGUUUUUAUUUAUUUAUAACAUGUAUCGCAUGGCUGUAAGCAUCAUUCUUUAAUUUAUUACAUUAAAUUGUAAUUUAAGUUCA